CCUUCUUGCCUUUCUUUUUAAAUUAUUUUUUUUUUUACAAUGAGCUCAAAAGAUGUUUUGUUUUUAAAAAGAACUCCAACAGUAACUUAUGCGGGUGGUCCGAUACCAGAACAUAUCAAGAAAUAUUAUGAGCAGCAGCAAUUACCCAUAAGAAAACAAAGUUUAGCUGCUAAUGUCGCUGAGCGAAAGAAAAACACUAGAACAGCAUUCAAUAAUCCCACAUUUCAAAUGAGUGUUGAUAGUUUUGCUGAAGAAGACGAAUUUGAUUUCAAUGAUAGACCACCUUCGUCAAUUAUUGCUAUUCAACCAGUAGAAUUAGAACAAGAAGAGGAAAAAGAAAUUUUGGUUAUAAAAGAUGCUCCUGAUAAUGAUCAUUGGCGUAAUGGCAGUGUGAUAGGGGGUAGUAUGACAGUAUAUAAACCCUUUUUAAUGUGUUCUAAUAUGUUUUCUUCUUCUUUUUGUUAACAAGAAAUUAAAUCUCGUUCAUCCAUUGACACAGACACAUCUGACCUAAUGUCACCACACACCGAAUCCUAUUCGUCAGUCUUCCUGACAAAAAUGCAAUUAAAAAGAGAGGAACAACAAAAAUCGAUUGAUGCAUAUAGAUCACAGCAAGUAUAUACUGCGUUAUUGUCUCAAGUCGCACUAGAAUUCUAUAAAAGAAUCCCUUUGCUUAUUUUGACCAAAGACGGCAUAGAAUAUCAUGAUGUGUUUAAUGGAAAAGAAGCGGUUGAUAAGUUACUUGCAAUAUUGCGUAUACAAGAUAGAGUAGAAGCGUUACAAGUAGGCUGCGCACUUAGACACCAAGGCUUUUUCCACGAUGUGAAUUACGAUGGUGAUCUUAAGGACUCGCCAAAUGAACUGUUUGCAUUUAGAGAUUUAAACGAUCCGUCCAUGGGUAAUACA